AUGGAGAACAUCGAUUCGAAUGAACCUCGAACAUACAACUGGAACCUCUUAGUCGUCUUCUCCGCCACAGAUGUCCAGCCCAGAUGGCGGGGACCCUCUUUUAAUAAAAGACCUGCUGACCGAAUCCACUUCCGAAAGGGGCAAGAGACACGCGUUGCGAUUCAGAGAAAGGACACCGAUGAAGGAUAUAACAUAGAUUGGAAGUCAGCUACACUGGUCAACGUGGACGUGACCACCGAAGCUGAGAAGCCGGAUUUGAAGCUUACGUCAAGACAGAAAGGGAGAAACUUGGUCCUCGCUACCGUGACAGCAGCAGAUGGUGACACGGAGACAGGUACGGAUAAGACCGAGACCUGGGUCGUUACUGUAGCCAGUGGCUCUGGGGAACUUUAUCGUAUCAUCAAAUCUUUAGACACAUAUUGA